UUAUGAGGUGGGUUGAGAAAUGCAAGGGGCUUGCUUAGGGUAGGGAAACGUUAUCAGGCUCAAGGGGGUGAGGUGUUUUGCUCAAGAAGUGUUUGUGACAACCAUGACUAAGGGAUUUGAGGAAGUGGCAGAAAGAGAGAUUUAUGGCCCUCCAACUCCUCUUGGUGUUGACCCAGGAACAGGUGUGUAGUGACAGGGACACAUAAAGCCAGAGACGAGGCUGAACAGGCGGCAGGGCCAUUUGGUGAGGCAGUCAGCUGACUCCACGUAAAAGGAGCCCUGACUCACUGAGGAGUGGGAGAGGGGAGAGAAGUUGGGAGCUGAGCCGCCAGCCCAGCCACCCACCCUGACAUGAUGGCAGGGGAGAGUCCAGGGUCUGGGACCUGGAUCCCUGCUGCCUUGGUGAUCCCGGGCUGACAGCCAGAGAGCACAGCGGCUCAGCUCCUGGAGAGUGAGGGCUGAAGAAAGCGGAGGGCAGCCGCCCGCGCCCGCUGGCUCCCAUUAGGUCGGUUCCUGCAGCGGUGCCCGGCGGCCUUGGCGAAGGCCCUGCCCGGCAGAGAUCAUGUAUUGCCUCCAGUGGCUGCUGCCCGUCCUCCUCAUCCCCAAGCCCCUCAACCCUGCCCUGUGGUUCAGCCACUCCAUGUUCAUGGGCUUCUACCUGCUCAGCUUCCUCCUGGAGCGGAAGCCUUGCACAAUUUGUGCCUUGGUUUUCCUAGCAGCCCUGUUCCUCAUCUGCUAUAGCUGCUGGGGAAACUGUUUCCUGUACCACUGCUCUGAUUCCCCGCUUCCGGAAUCGGCGCACGACCCCGGCGUUGUGGGCACCUAACAGCCCGCCCAGUUAGCUUUCCAAGGAAGCAGAAGACGGGAGGGGAGGCAUUGACAUAGGUCAUAAAGCAUUGGAGUUUCAAAUCCCGCAGCCCCGCGGGUGCCACAUUCCUGACGGCGCCUUUUUGGCCUGUGAUGUUUUAUCCUUAUAAUGUGAAUAAUGGCACUGACCGGUGCUUUUAUUGUAGAGUCCUGUAGUCGUGGAUGGUCUUGUGGUUGUGUCUGUUCUGUCCCCAUCUUGGUCCCCAGCUGGCAGGAUGGCCACCCCCCUCGCCUCAUUUCUGCGAGGAGUCUGUGCCCAUCCCGGUCAACCGGCCGGCUAUGACCUGGGCAGAUAAAACGCCAGUCUCAUUGUCACCUCUAUGACCCCUCCUUGACAGAGUCUGUUCCCUUCCCAGAAUGCUACCGUCUCCUUAGUCUCUCUCCUGGUUUCCCUUUAGUUCUUUUCUACCCCUUUCCUUUUUAGGGGAGCACCUGUCCAAGACAGGGCUCAUUUUUGCACUUAUCUCGAAUUUAAAGAGAUUGCUGACGCCCGAGAGCCUCGCUUUUUCAUUGUCCUUUCCCUGGUCAGCAGGCUAGGCAGAAAUAUGUCUUGACGGUUUGUUGUCCACAAAUCUCCAGUAUUUUCUCCACUUCAUUUUUAAGAAAGAAGUAACAGAUACAUGUUGCUCUUUGACCUGGGUGUCUGGGCUCAUGCUUACCAGCCUAGCCUCACUUCCUUUGCCCUUCUUCCUGCCUUUCUCCACUGUCCCGAGGAGGGGGCCCUCGUUGUGUCUCCCGUGCAUGCUCUGCAGGAUUGAGGUGUGGUGUGUUCACAUAGAUCUAGCAGUCCCCAGCCGAGUAAGUGGGAGAGUACUUUUGUGUUUCAUAACAGCCAUGAUCCCCUUGAUAGAUGUUUGGAUAUAUUUUGGUGUGCCGUGCGUGUGUGUACGUGUACAAAUAUGUGUGUAUAUUCCUUUUAAAGAAGCUUCAUCGAACGUUGUUCUGAUUUUGAGGUUUAGCAAUAGCUAGCUAUAGUAGGUGCCGCUACAGUUUUUAUUUAGCGUGGGGAUUGCAGAGUGACCAGCACACUGGACUCCGAGGUGGUUCAGACAAGACAGAGGGGAGCAGUGGCCAUCGUCCUCGCGCCAGGAGCUUCUUCAGUCCUGCGCAUAUAGACUGUACAUUGUGAAGAAUACACAGGAAGACUUUGUGACUGUCACUUGCUAUUUUCUUUUUCUGCACUUCAGUAACAAGUGUUGGCAAAUGAGACUCUCUCCUGCCCUGCCCACUGGGGAUCAGCGUGGUUGUCCUUCCAGUCUAAACCAUCCACCUUUCUCUUGGCUGAGGGGGGGAGGGAAGUGGGCCAGGCAGAGGACAGAACUGGAGGCAGUCCAUCUAGGGAAUGGGACCGCGAGGCCACACUUGUGGAACAUUUGGACUGCUAUUCUGGAGCUUUUAUUUCUGGUGUGUUCGUUGCACAGCUGUUUGAAAUGUUUAAUAAAGCUUUAUAAACUUUA